AUGCGCGAACACAUUGACACGCUGCUGUCACUGCGCAUCCGCGAUGUCGUUCACCAAGUCGUUACUAUUAGCCUCUUCCUGAGCGUCAUCCUCGUUGGCUGGCGCGGCGCGGCGGUGAUCACCAACUGCGAGGCCAGCAUCGUCGUGGUGCUGAGCGGAAGUAUGGAGCCUGGUUACCAUCGCGGCGACGUGCUCCUGCUGCACCAUCGCCCCGAGUACCCGGUGGAGGUUGGCGACAUCAUCGUCUACACGCUGCCGGGGCAGGAAAUACCGAUUGUACACCGCGUCCACCGCAUCCAUGAGCGUGCCGAGGAUCAUAAAAGACUAUACCUGACGAAGGGCGACAACAACAUGAACGACGACCGCUUUCUCUUCCAUGGCGGGCGGGAGUGGGUUGAGCAGGACAUGAUUAUCGGCAAGACGUUCGCCUACGUGCCGCGUAUCGGGUACCUGACCAUCAUGUUUAACGAGUCAAAGGUUAUCAAGUACGUUGCGCUGGCUCUCUUGGGUUUCUUUAUGCUGACCUCCACACAGGAUCUGUAG